UUUACAUUAGUUAAUUAUUUAUAAGCUCUAUGUUCAUUAAAUUAAUUUAUAACAGUUAUAGUCUGUAGUUAUUAACUAUCAUCAUAAAAUUUUAUUGAAGUAUCCAUGACAAAUUUGAUCAUUCAAGUAUUUUUAUUAUAGUAUUUAUGUUAUUCUUGUUACUUUUAUGUAUAUCACCAACAAAUUUAAUAAAAUAUGUCUGUUGUGUCGUUUAUAUCCAGUUACUAAUUUUGCCUGCCGUAUUUCCACAACAAUCAUGCAAAAUAAAAAUUUUUCAGACUUUAACAUGAAGGACUACAUGAAUUACAUUAGACCUUUGGUGCAUCACCAAAAUUAUAACAGGUACAAGACUUUUAAUUUUAGUUUGUUAUCAUAUAAUGUACUAGCUCAAGAUUUAAUAGAAAAAAAUGCAUUUCUAUAUGAUUGGUCAGAUAGGAAAGUGUUGGAAUGGAACUAUCGAAGACACCUUUUGUUAAACGAAAUUAAACAAUUUAAUGCAGAUAUCAUUUGCUUUCAAGAAGUUCAAGAAUCUCAUCUAAAUUGGUUUUUUGAUCAAUUAUCAAAUUUAGGAUAUAAUGGUGUUUAUAAAAAACGUACUCGUAUUCAUUCUGAUGGAUGUGCAAUUUAUUACAAAAAUAACAAGUUUACAUUAAAAGAAAAGGUUACUGUUGAAUACAACCAACCAGGAGUAAAUAUAUUAGAUAGAGACAAUGUUGGUAUUGUGUUGAGAUUGUCACCCCGAAAAUAUGAUGAAGAAAAUAUAAUUAUUUCAACUACACAUAUUUUGUACAACAAAAAAAGACAUGAUAUUAAAUUGGCACAAGUUCAUUUAUUACUAGCUGAAAUUGAACGUGUUUCUUUUAAAGGAGUUGGUGAUUAUAAUAUUCCUGAAUACCAUCCAAUAAUAUUGACUGGAGAUUUUAACUUGGAACCUAAUACUGCUGUGUAUAAAUUUUUAAUUAAUGGUGCUCUAUAUUAUAGUAAGUUACAUAAACCCACACUUGGAUCUCAAAAUAAUCAAAGUGGAAGAUGUGACAUGGGUAAUGAACUUAUUCCAAAAAGUUUGGGAAUCAAUGAAUAUAGUCAACAUUCAGAUGUUUUAGAAUUAAGAAAAAAAAAUAAUCAUAAACGACAAAUUAAUGACGGUCUUUAUUCAAAGUUACAUCAUAGUGAAAAAAAAAAUGAUCAACUUUUAUCAUCAUCUUCGUCAGAAUUCAAAUCAGGGACUGGAAAUCUGUAUCAUAAUCUUAAGUUUUCUUCUGUGUACAAUAACAAUGAUAGCUGUUCCACUUAUCAUGACCGAUGGACUAUUGUAGAUUACAUAUUUUACACCAAUAACAAUUUAAAACUGAAAACAAUUAUGAAGCUUCCAAAUGUUGUCGAAUGCCAGCCAAUAUUGACCAUGCCAAACAGAGUAUCUCCAUCUGAUCAUCUACCACUGUUUGCUAAAUUUAGCUAUCAAAUAAAAUGAUUUUUUAUAACUGGA